GGGGGGGGGUCACAGCUCCUUCAAUCGGCCAGCAGAGCCAGGCAGCUGUCGUUCCUGUUCCAAGGGGCUGUUUUUAAUGGAUAUAUAAGGUCGACUUUCAGCCGGAUAAACCAGAGCCGUUCACAAACUUAUUUUUGGGGAAGGUACAUCGGCGACAACGAGGCUCCAAAUGAGGAUUUCAAUAUUCACUCGUAUCGAGCGGGACAAGGAGUGAUUUCCUCCCCCCGGUGCCAGUCAUCUCUGCGCCCGCAGACCCAGAGGAAAAGGACAUUAUUUUGAGGCUUUUCUGAAGAUUCCGAUGCUCGGGACCGGAGUGUGAAGCCCACUCCAGGCUUCCGACGUACAUUUCGGCCCCCUUUGAAACCCCCGGGAACACAGGCAUGAAGAAGAUGGAGAGGCUCUGCACGUUCUGCGUUCUCCUGCUGUGCUUGAUGGACGGAGCCUCGCCCAGGGCCAUCGACCAAGCGAGGACUAAAGAUCUUCGUGUAUCCAGGCCUCUGAUUGUGCCGGGUUACCCAGGAAACAUCACGGGGGUCGUAGGUGGUCAGGCGAAGCUGACGUGUAAAAUCCACCGGCCGGCGUCCACCAAGGUGCAGUGGCUGAAGACUGAGGUUAGCCUGGAAGGACCGCCACGCCUCAGCGCUCUGACGAUCCUACAGAGCAACGGCUCCAAGGUGAACACUUUGCAUCUGUCCAACAUCAGUCUGGAGGACGCGGGAGAGUACAUCUGCCUGGCCGAGAGCACCCACGAAGGACAGAUGGUUCGGGCCAUGCAGUCGGCGUGGCUGCAGGUCCUGCAGGGUACCAUCAUUUCUCGAACCGUGGACCCGACUGUUGCAGACAUCCCAUCAGACGCUAUUGACGACCGCAGCGAGGACACCUCCGAGCAUCUCCUGCUGGAGCCGGGCAACGUGCUGAAACUGCGCUGCGACCCGAGCGCCCGGCCCGGCAUGGCGGUGCACUGGUACAAGGAGGCGACUCGGGUUCUGCCCACACCCCGCAUCCAGAUCCGCGGAGCCGUCAUGGAGAUCGCAGACGUGACAUACGAGGACUCUGGCGUUUAUGUGUGUGUUCUCCGGGGAACCAAGGAGCCUGUGAGGAACUUCACCAUCACCGUGGCAGACUCGUUGGGGUCGGGGGACGAUGAUGAGGACAACGGCUUGGAGGACUCAUCGGCUGAGAUCGAAAACGACCAGGUCUACUUCUCCGGAGGUCCUUACUGGACCCACACUCAGCGUAUGGAGAAGAAGCUAUACGCGGUUCCCGCGGGCAACACAGUGAAGUUCCGUUGCCCCGCCAUGGGCAGCCCCAUGCCCAGCAUCCGCUGGCUAAAAAAUGGACGUGAAUUCAGAGGAGAGCACCGCAUCGGUGGCAUCAAGCUGAGACACCAGCACUGGAGCUUGGUGAUGGAGAGCGUCGUGCCUUCAGACAGAGGGAACUACACUUGCUUGGUGGAGAACAGAUAUGGCUCCAUAGCUCACAGCUACGUGCUUGAUGUCCUGGAGCGUUCCCCGCACAGGCCCAUCCUGCAGGCCGGUCUACCAGCCAACAUCACAGCGGUGGUGGGAAGCGAUGUCCAGUUCCUCUGUAAGGUCUACAGCGACGCCCAGCCUCACAUUCAGUGGCUCAAACACAUUGCAAUCAACGGCAGCCUCUACGGUUCUGAUGGGACGCCCUACGUUCGGGUUCUCAAGACCGGCAGUCUGAACAUGUCAGAGGUGGAGGUGCUCUACCUGUCCAAAGUUGCCAUGGAGGAUGCAGGAGAGUACACCUGUCUGGCUGGCAAUUCGAUCGGAUUUGCUUACCAGUCCGCCUGGCUCACUGUCCUCUCAGAAGAGGAAACCGUGGACCCCAUUGAGACCAUGGAGACAAAGUACACUGACAUCAUCAUCUACGCCUGUGGUUUCCUGGCCCUGAUCAUGGCCAUCGUCAUCGUGGUAUUGUGUCGAAUGCAGGUCCAACCCAGAAGGGAGCCGUUCAAUGCGCUGCCAGUGCAGAAACUCUCCAAGUUUCCUCUUCGCAGACAGUACUCGGUGGAGUCCAACUCAUCGGGGAAGUCCAGUGCGUCGCUUAUGCGGGUUGCUCGACUCUCGUCCAGCUGCUCUCCCAUGCUGGCUGGAGUCAUGGAGUUUGAAUUGCCCUACGACCCAGACUGGGAGUUCCCCAGAGAGAAUUUAACUCUGGGCAAACCUCUGGGAGAAGGCUGCUUCGGUCAGGUGGUCAGAGCAGAUGCCUACGGCAUCAACAAGGACUCUCCGGAUCCGGCCUCCACUGUGGCGGUUAAGAUGCUCAAAGAUGACGCCACAGACAAAGACCUGGCAGACCUCAUCUCGGAGAUGGAGCUCAUGAAGGUCAUGGACAAACACAAGAACAUCAUAAACCUGCUUGGGGUUUGCACACAAGAUGGGCCUCUGUAUGUGCUGGUGGAGUACGCCUCCAAAGGCAGUCUGAGGGAGUACCUGCGGGCCCGGAGACCCCCGGGCACAGACUACACCUUUGAUAUGACGAAAGUGCCCGAAGAGCAGCUCACCUUCAAAGACCUGCUGUCCUGCGCCUACCAGGUGGCCAGAGGGAUGGAGUACCUGGCCUCCAAAAGGUGCAUCCACAGAGAUCUGGCAGCCAGAAACGUUCUGGUGACCGAGGACAACGUCAUGAAGAUCGCCGACUUCGGCCUCGCCAGAGGGGUCCACCAGAUCGACUACUACAAGAAAACCACAAACGGACGUCUGCCGGUGAAGUGGAUGGCACCAGAGGCUUUGUUUGACAGGGUCUACACACACCAGAGCGACGUGUGGUCGUUCGGCGUCCUGAUGUGGGAGAUCUUCACGCUGGGCGGCUCGCCGUACCCCGGUAUCCCCGUCGAGGAGCUCUUCAAGCUGCUGAAGGAAGGACACCGCAUGGACAAACCCUCCAACUGCACGCAUGAACUCUACAUGAUGAUGCGUGAGUGCUGGCACGCCGUUCCCACCCAGAGGCCCACCUUCAAGCAGCUGGUGGAGGAGCUGGACAAAGUGCUGCUGUCCAUCUCUGACGAGUACUUGGACCUGUCGACGCCCUUCGAGCAGUACUCGCCUUCCUGCGAGGACACGUCCAGCUCCUGCUCCUCCGACAACGACUCCGUUUUCACCCACGACGCGUUGUCCACCGACCCCUGCCUCCUGGGCUUCAAGGACUAACGCUCCAGGGGUGGACGUGGAGCCCCCCCACCCCCCCAAGAUUACAGACACUGACACAACACAUGUAACGCACCCACUGGAGGCCACGUCGGAGGUCCGCGGAAGCCUCUCGUGGCGUUGAAGCUGGACCUCCAUCAUGGCCCCAGAAGAAGCCCUUAGAUAUAGGCGGGCGUUUAUACACACACACACACACACACACAUAUAUAAACACAUGUAUGCACAUGGAGCACUGAGGCCGACGGGCCUUGUCACGCGGUGGAGGUCUGAAGAGGGACAUUGAGGCCGUGAGAAAAAGGAGGACAAAGCGAAACAACGCGGCGCCACGUCGGGAGUCUCGGCGUCCGAGAACAGUUGCAAACGUUGGAAAACUGCGGCACUAAAAAACACAAAAGGAGAAGAACUUGGUUCCCACAAAGGCCACGAGAUGCUUUCUUUGAAGGACAAUGACCUCCUCACACGACCAGGGCGUGACACCUUGGUGAUAAGACAUUGGAACUAAAAUAAAAAGAUUUAUUUUGCUAUGAGAAAAAAAAGAAGGAACUAAUAGUUAAAUAUACAUCUCUCUAUAUAAGAUUAUUUUACUUUUUGUUUUGCUUAUUUAAAGAAGAAAAAAAAAAGGUCUUAAAUCUCAGGAUCUCGUGUGCUAAGUUGCGUCUUUAGUGGCAGCAAAGUGCCUGAAUUUGCGAUUUCCUGUGAAUAUAUUUGAAUUUUAAAAUAUUGUAUGUACAUAUCAGCGGCAGAAAGACGAUUGCCUUUAUAAAUUAUUCUUAAUGACACAAAAAUGAAGGUUAUUGGAGGAGAAAGGAAAGAGGAAUUAAAUCAAAAGUGUUUCAAGUGCCAAACGUUUUGCAGCUGUAUUAAUGUUUGGGUUUCAUUCCAAAAUUCUUAAUUUGGAGGCAACAUUGAACAUUGAAUUCACCCCCAAGUCAUAAACUAACAGUAGAUGCUUAUAAAGGUUUCAUUGCAUUACAUCAGAAGCUUUAAUGAUCAAAUUAAAAAUGAAAAAAAAACGGCAUGUCAUCCAAAAAUAAUGGAUUUUGUCUUUAAACACGGUUUACAAUUUUGGAAUGAAGCCCCCCCCCCGCCCUCCAUUUUCCCCUUUUGUAGUAAACCGCUCUGACCUCCAGCCCCAUCAAACAAUUAGUGGUUAAAUACCAGCAGGAAUUCCGAGUUCUUGUCGCUUGUUGUUUGGAUGAAAACCACCAGAGUUUUUUUGGGCUCGGGUGUAUUUCUCAAAGUUAUGAAAAGGAGGUCCGGGAGGCGCCGGCGGUGGCGAAGCUCCUCCCCUCGGCGUCCAUUGUCAGAGACGGUGUGUCCAGGACAGUGUGUCCAGGGAGGGACGAGGAGGACUGACGAUUCGGCAUCGGGGACCAUGUUGGAGAGUCGGCCCUAAGCCACUGUCACUGCUGACGAGGGA